CAAAGAUAAUCCUGUCUAUAGGCCUGGGCGGCCGUAGAGUAUUGACUUACGAGCGUGACAGGUUGCGAAGUACGUGUAUGUACUAAGUUUUUGCGUGGUGUGUUGCAGAAGAUAUUUAAAACACAAGAAGCAGUUUUUCAAUAUAACGAACUGGACGACAGGGGUAUCUUACUUAAAAAGAUCACAAUGUCAGAUCGUAAGGCGGAACUUGAGAGGAAGAAAGAGAAGCUGAGACUGAUACGUGAAGAAAAAGAACGACGUCGGAGAGAAAAGGAACAAAAAGAUGUCGAGGAAGCUGCCUUACGGACUGCUGUUGGAGGCCUGGGAAUCGAAAAGGACCAACGAAAGGAACUGGAUCAGAUGUUGUCUUCACUAGGAGUGGCACCUGUCUCUGAUGUUCUUUCCAGCCUUUCAAGCAUGUCAAGCCUUACUUCUGAAACAGGAGGCUCCAACAAUGCUCAAGACUCCUCCCAGCAAAAUACAGCACCACCACCCACUUCACACAGGAAACGGGUGCCGCAGUUGAGUGUUGUCAGUGUACAGAGCACGAACAUUCCUCCUAAAGAGAUCGUCACAUAUGCUAAGCAGACACAGACAGCACAUACAGGGCAUGAAAGAGACGGAUGGUCUGCGUCUUCUUCCCCACUCAAAGGCUACUAUGAAGACUGGUGGCGACCACGAAAAGCUGACUGUGGAGGGUCUCCCCACCAUCGUUGCCCACCUGCCUACCUGCGCUCUCUCCGUCUUCUCUACGAGUACAAUCUAAAUCCUGGUUUAGAAUGGGAAGACGAAUUCACAGCGGAAGACGAGGAGGGUUCGCUGCCGCAUUUGGAAGGUGGAGGACUUUUCCAGAGCAAACUCCCACCAGGCAUCCUUCCACACGGUCUGCCACGAGUGAAGGAAGUGCAGCCAGCAGUGACAAGCCUUGAGCACGAGGCAACCAAGCAGCAGGAACAAGUGCGUGAAUUGUCAGAAGAAGAGAAACAAAUGAUAAUACUUUCAGAAGACUUCCAAAGAUUUUUUGAUCGUUCUGCUCGUAUAAUGGAAAGAGCAUUGUGUGAAUCUGUAGACAUAUAUACAGAUUACACUGGUGUCACAGAUAAUGAAGAAGGAACGGAUGAAAAAUCUAAUGCAAGGCUCUCCCUUAAUCGCUGGUUCUAUGAUGAGCGUUGGUCUCGUAACAGAUGUGUGACUUCAAUGGACUGGUCCCCACAAUUUCCAGAACUUCUUGUUGCAAGCUACCACAAUAAUGAAGAUUCACCCAAUGAUCCAGAUGGUGUAUGUCUCAUAUGGAAUACAAAAUUCAAGAAAAGAACUCCUGAAUACAUAUUCCACUGCCAGUCUCCAGUGAUGUCAUCUAUUUUUGCAAGAUUCCACCCAAAUCUCAUUCUUGGGGGCACCUACUCUGGACAGAUUGUGCUAUGGGAUAAUCGUGUUCAGAAGAGGACACCAAUUCAACGAACCCCAUUGUCAUCAGCAGCUCAUACACAUCCUGUAUAUUGUUUGAGUGUAGUAGGCACUCAGAAUGCCCACAAUCUCAUCAGCGUGUCUACUGAUGGAAGAUUAUGUUCUUGGAGUCUUGACAUGCUGUCAAAGCCACAAGAAACACUGGAACUGCAUCAUAAGCAAGGGAAACCAGUUGCAGCUACUUGCCUUGCAUUCCCACAUGGUGAUGUCAACAACUUUGUUGUUGGCAGUGAAGAAGGAGCAGUAUAUUCAGCAUGUCGGCAUGGCAGUAAGGCUGGAGUUACAGAGUCCUAUGAGGGUCAUCAAGGGCCUGUCACAGGAAUCUCUACUCAUUCAGUUCAAGGAGGCAUAGACUUCUCACAUCUAUUCCUGACCUCAUCUUUUGACUGGACUGUCAAGUUAUGGAGCCAGCAGGCAACAGAAGGGAAGGAAGGAAAGGACAGGAGACCAUUGUACUCAUUUGAAGACAAUGGUGAUUAUGUGUACGAUGUUGCAUGGUCACCUAUUCAUCCAGCAGUGUUUGCUACUGCUGAUGGUACUGGUCGGCUGGAUCUUUGGAAUCUCAAUCAGGACACAGAGGUACCCACAGCCAGUAUUACAGUAGAUGGAAAUCCUGCUCUCAAUCGUGUUUCUUGGACUCCAUCUGGUUUGCAUGUAACUGUUGGUGAUGAUAUGGGAAAAAUUUGGGUUUUUGAUGUUGGUGAGCAAUUGGCACAACCACGUCUUGAUGAAUGGAGCAAAUUUGUUUAUACACUACAAGAAUUACGCAAUAAUCAAGCUGAUGAUGAUAUUGACAAAUUGAGUGUCAACUCUGGUCCAGGGAGCCUGUCCUCGCUGUCAUCUUCUCCACUCCGUUGAGGAGGUCAGGAGUCUUUUUUGUUCCCGGAAUGUUUUUUUUGAAAUUCAACAAGAGGCACCUAUAUGUGUAAUUUUCUGUCUACAUUAUUUAUAUAAUAGCUUUAUUUGUAAUGAUUUUUGUGUUGUGUGAUUGUGGGCAUAAAGCCAUGGGCAGAUAAUGAUGUCAUACUGUAUUUAGCAGUUAUUUAAAGAACAUAUGCACAAAGUGCAAAAUUUGGCUUAACACACUAAAUUUAGUAGUAGCAUGAAAUCGCAGCCCUAUCAGUCCACAGUUCAGGAAAACUUUAUUGCUAAACUCAGAACUUUCAUUCAUUUCAGUUUUUAUGGUGCAUCUGACAGUAAAACAGUAAUUUUGGCUUUCUCAAUUAUACUUUCUGUGUGGGGGGGCUGCAUAAUAUUACUCCAGUAUUUUGAUAUUUUGCAGUAUUAGGAUAUAAGGUUUAUGAAGUACAUUCAACUAAUUUGCAAGCUUAAAAGAAAUGUAAGCUAUUACACUUAGGGAAGAAAUGAAAUAUGAAAUUUAUGUCUGUGCUUAUUACCAGUGUGCUUGCUGCCUAGGCUUGUAAAUUAUUAUAAAUUUUUUUUUUUAUAACAAAGCACCAUGAAUGGGCAAUUAUUGUAAAUAUCUCGAGAAUGAAUGUAUAAUGCUGUGAUAUUUAUUAAUUAUAAUAUUUUCUGAUUUCACCUAUUUUUAAAUAAUUUGAUACCUUAGCAAUGACUAUUAGUUCAAUGUUUUCAUAUUACAUAAUUUAUUAAAUAAUUUAAUUUUCUUUAAGUAAUUUUUGAACUUUUCAAGACAGUAGCCUUGGUUUAAGUUGUGAUUCAUGUUUUUUCAUUACCAUAAAAGCCACAUUGCUUUUUGUAUCAUUUAUUGAUAUAUUUUAAACUUUUUUUUCAUACAUUGUCUUUCAGAAGUAUUUCUCACUCCUUGUAAAAUGACAUAAGUUGUAAAUAUUCUGUAUGUAUCGUGCAUUUGCCCAUGCUAUCAGGUCUUACCAAAUAAAGUGUUUGAAACAAAGAA